GUCCAGCACCCCCUGCUGAGCCCUGCCCCGCUCUCUACAGCCCAGCACCCUGCACUGACUGAGCCCUGCACCCUGCUCCUUAUGGCCCAGUGCUCCCUGCCAAGCCCUACCCUGCUCCCUGGGGCCCAGCACCCCCUGUUGAGACCCUGCCCUGCUCCUUGCAGCCCAGCGCCCCUGUUGAGCUCCUGUCCCACUCCCUGUGGCCCAGUGCCCCCCGCCAAGCCCUACCCCACUCCCUGCAACCCAGUGCCUCUCCCCCCCAACGAGGCCUGCCCCACUCCCUGUGACCGAGUGCCCUCUGCUGAGUUCCCGACCCGCUUCCUGAGGCUCAGCGCCACCAUCCCACCUCAAGCCUUGUUCCCUGUGGCCCAGCGCCCUCUGCUGAGCCUGCUCCUUACAGCCCAGUGUCCCCUACUGAGCCCCUACCCUACUUCUUGCGGCCCAGUGCCCCCUGCCAAGUGCCCACUCUGCUCCCUACAGCCCAGCGCCCCCAACCCCUCUCCCUGUGGCCCAGCGCCCCCUAGUGCUCUGACUCUCUCUGGGCUGUGAUGCCUAAUCCCUGCUAAUCCCUGUUCCAUCCCGGCAGUGUCUGUCCUUGGAGCAAGCUGGAGGGGCCUGGCCCUGGGCAGGGGAGAGGGCGCCAUGAGCUGGCUGGGCGAGGCUUGGCAGGAGGGGCUGUCGGCACGGGCACUGCAGGGGGUGAGGGAGCUGGAGCAGCGCCUGGAGUGGGCCAACAAGGAGCGGCUCCAGAAGCAGGCACAGCUGGACACACUGGAGGCCUCGCUACACAAGCAGAGGCAGAAGCACGAGGAGGAGCGUGGCACAUGGGUGCUGCUGGCUCGGGAGCGGCGGGACCUGGCUGAGGCCUGCGAGCAGCAGGAGCGUGAGCACCAGCAACUGAGCCGGGAGCUCCAGGCCAAGGGGGCGCAGCUGAGCCAGCUGGAGGGGCAGCUGGGCCGGGCCGCUCAGCGCAUUGAGGAGCUGGAGGAGGAGCUGCGGAGGUGCCAGGCAGAGUUGGAUAACCUGCGGUCAAGCACCCACCUGACCCAUUGCUGGGCCCCCUGGAAGGAAGGGGCUGAACUGGGCACUUGGGAGCAAAAUCCCAGACUAGAGAACAGACCCCGAACACCCAGCAUGAGAUUGCAGCCCAGCAGCCCCAAGUUGGGGGAGGAGCCGCUCAUACAUCAAGGGGCUGCCUGGCACAGUGUCCCUCCUGGUGGCCCUGCCCCCACAGAAGACAGUCAGAGGAUCCCAUCCCCUAGGGAGGAACCUAGAGAGGAGAAUGCAGGGCCGGGGCGCGGACCCCCUGACAUGGAGGCCUGGGAGUUGAGGGGAGAACUGCAGUCAGUGCAGCGGGAGUUGGCCCAGUGCACAGAGCAGCGUAACCAGGCAGUCGCUAAGGUGAGUGCCCUGGAACGGCGGGUGCAGCAGCUGUUGGAGGAGUUGAGGAGCCAGAUGCAGAGAGCAGGGGCCGCGCAGCGCCGCCUGGAGCAGCAGGAAAGGGAACACCGGCAGGAGCUGGUGGAGCUGGAGAGGCACCAUCGGGAAGUGCUGGAGCAGCAGGGUACCCAGUCAGACAUCCCUGCCCCCCCCCACCACCCACCAAAUAAGGGCCUGGGGGGAUCAGAGCGGGAGCGGCACCCCCCAGGCUGUGUCCGGCACAGCCUCAGCACCUCCCGGCUGGAGCGGGUGCCCGAGAAACGAGGGGCAGCUGGGAAGGUCAGAGGUUCCUCAGCACAGGGUCCCCGAGCCGUGGGCAGGCUGGUGCCCAGUGGGGAGCGGGGCCGGGAGCCAGAGCCCCACCCAGAGCUGCAGGCCCUGAGGGCUGAGGUGUUGGGGCUGCGCCGGCGCCUAGCUGCCUCUGAGAGCCUGCGCAAGGGGUUGCUGGAAACCUGCUGGCAGCUGCACCAAGGCGCCCGGGACUUGGCUGGGGAGCGCUGGGCACUGGCCGAGAUGCUGCCGGCCCAGGAUGCCACCAUGCAGCACAAGGAGGAUCCCCAGGAGCUGCGAGGGGCACCAGGGCCCAGCCUGGCCAAAGGGGAGGGGAGGGAACUGCAGGCCCUGGCAGUGGAGUUGGAGGCUCAGGUCUGGGGGGCACCAGGGCCCGGCCUGCCUCGGGGGGAUGCUCAGGAGGUGGGGGAGCUGCAGGUGCUGCGGGGGGCGCUGAGGGCCCUGGCCCUGGGCAAGGCUGAGGCAGAGGCUCAGGCCCAGGAGCGGCUGCGGCGGCUCCAGGAGACAUUGGGGUUGCAGACAGAGCGGCUGGCACGGGCCUGUGAGGCCCAGAGCCAGCAUGUGGCAGGGCUGCUGAUGGAGGGGUAUGAGCGGGAGCGGGAGCUGGAGCGCCUGAGCCAGGCGCUGGGGGAAGCGGGCUGGGUCCGCGGGCUGCUGGAGGCUGAGGUGGGGCACCUGCGGGUGCUGCUGGGUGGGGAGACGCCUCCCACCCCUCUCCCUGAGCCGCCCCCCACAGUCCCAGAGGCCGGCCCCCCUGAGCUGCCCCCCACAGUCCCAGAGGCUGGCCCCCCUGAGCUGCCCCCCACAGUCCCAGAGCCUGGACCCCCUGAGUUGCCCCCCACAGUCCCAGAGCCCGGCUCACAUGAGUUGCCCCCCACAGUCCCAGAGCCCGGCUCACAUGAGUUGCCCCCCACAAUCCCAGAGUCCAGCCCCCCUGAACCGCCUGCCACCAGCUCUGCUGAGCUGCCCCCCACAGUCCCAGAGCCCAGGCCUGCUGAGCUGCCCCCCACAGUCCCAGAGCCCAGCCCCCCUGAGUUGCCCCCCACAAUCCCAGAGUCCAGCCCCCCCUGA